AAUUUUUUAAUCUUUUUAUUUAUUGACGUUUAAUAAUUAACGUAUUAUAAUGUUAAUAAUAUUGUUAAAAAAUUUGAAAAAGACUUUUUAUACCGCGAAAAAUACAAUGUGUUGCGCAUUCUCGCAUUUAACAUGACGAGCUUUUAAAGAGGUUACCUAACCUCAAAAUCGUGCAUGCAACUAAUGUUCUGUCUGGUGCUUAUUAUUUUUUAUUCUUAAUUAUUUAUCGUUAGACGACGCAACAUGAAUAUUCCUGACAUUACUAGUGAGGAUGAAUUGUUAGAUAAUGAUGACGACAAAGAUUUAGAUUUUGAUAUACAAAAUUAUGAAGAUGAGAUUAAUAAUGAAGAUUCAGAUGAAUUUACAGAUAAUAAUGAUAAUGAUAAUAAUGAUGAUAAUAAAGAAGAUGAUAAUGAAGGAGAGGAAAAUGAAAUGGAGGAGGACAAUUAUGAAGAAGAAAAUGAAUACAUUGGUCCAGUUUUACCAGAUGGACAUAGAUUUGAUAGAAAAUUUACUUGCAUCAAAUAUCCAGGAAACGUUGUUAAUCCAGACAAAGCUAUCAAAACGUUAGGUGGUAUCGAAUCAAUUUCUACGGCGGUAGAUGCUCCCAACAGACGUCUUGAAUUAAGAUUUAGACCUGAUGAUGGAUUCACUAAACCAACAUGUGGUGAUCGACAUUCUAAAACUGCAUUCUUACUAAGAGUUAGAGUUAAAAAACAUAGGAUUGACAAAGUACAAGAAAAUGCUGAGAAAUCUCAAAAUGAUGCACAUAUAGAAAGUAUGAAAAAUAUAAUGAAAAAUAUGUCUUUGAGUACUGAUAGUUCUAAAAGUAAUGUCGACCGAAAUGACAUUCAAAAUAAUCAGAAAAACUCUAAGAAAGAUAAUACUGUAACAGAUUUAGUCGAACAAAUACAAAACUGUAAUUUAUCGACAAAGACUGAUACCAAAAGUUCUAUCAAAAAAUCUUCUAGUAAAAUUUCUGAUACUUCACCUGAUGCAAGCAAGAAUUUGUUGAAAGAGAAAAAAAACAUUGAACCAACUUUUGAUCGUAAUAAAUAUGAAGAUCUUUCUCAAGAUGAACAAUAUGAACUACCAAAAUUAAAAAUAUUAGGAAGAAUCGAUACUGAAUUUCAAUUUAAUAAUUUGUGUGAUUUUCAAUAUUUAACAUUGACAGAAAAGAAAGACAAUCCUAAAAAAUUGGAAUGUAUAUACGAUAAAAUAUUUCCAACUGGAAUUCCAUCUUAUUCGUGGUUAAAAAAUGAUGUACCUUUUUUCUUACCACCAGCUGCGUUCAGCAGAAUGGACGGUGUACAUCAAUACGUACCCAAAACUGAAACUAAUUCGCUAUCAGAAAAUGUCAUUGGAAAAAAUAAAAAACGUAGAGGAGGUUUUGUUAAUUUUAUUUGUUUCAAGACCCCAGGUGUUCCUACUAAACCACCGCAUGGUAUUGAGACUGCUAUGAAAGUGAAAUUUCUACAAAAUAUGCAUAUAGAUAAAAUUCGUCAAAUGUUUGAGGAAAGACCAAUUUGGUCUAAAAAUGCUAUAUUAUAUCAUACAAAGUUCACUACAGAACAUUUAAAAAUAUUAUUACCUUCUGUAGCAUAUUAUUUUAUAACAGGCCCAUGGAGAAUUAUGUGGAUUCGUUUAGGUUAUGAUCCUCGGAAGGAUAUUACAGCUAGAAAAUAUCAAACCUUAGAUUAUAGAUUGAGAGCUAUGCGUGGACUGGGUUAUACAAUAAAAUGUAAAAGAAAUUAUUCAGAGUAUACAUUACCGUACAAAUCUGCUCCAGCAGCUAAACCAAAGACUAGUAUACUCACACCGAACUUAACUAUGGAACCAGAUGAGACAAAAGAAACCGAAAUGAAUGAAAAUAUGUAUAUUUAUAGAGAAGGCAUGGUUCCUCCUUCAAGGCAAAUGUUUUAUCAGUAUUGCGAUAUCCUUGUGGACGAGGUACAAGAAAUGUUGGCAAAACUUCCUGAUCCUUUACCUGGUACAAGAUGUCAUGAAAAAAGGGGAUGGUUACCAAGUGGUUUUGAUACUCAAUGUAGAGAAAUAAUUAAUAAACAAAUUCGUAAUGUUUUAAGAAAACAAUUGAACAUACCAGAAGAUCAUCCUACAACACUUCCAAGAAAACGAAAAUGGGGACCUGGUCAUAGAAUAAAUAGGAUUAAUUGUAAAAAAAAGAAAACAAAUGCAAAUGUUGAACCAUCUACUUCUAAAGCUAAUGUAAAAACUUUAUCAGAAUCGAGCGAAGGAAAAGAAACUGUUAUUAAUAAUGAAUAAAGUGAAUAUUAUUUAGA